AUGUCACCUACUGGAGUCUUCAUUCGGUCCACCAUCAACGAAACUCCAGAAAGUGGGUCACAUACUCUCGCCGCGUUCAGCCCCGAUAUUGUCCCGCUUGGCGACACCCAUGUGCCCACCGCUGAUAUUGCGGUGACCUAUGACCACUUCAUCGCCCACGAGGUCGAACCGAAUGAGCGCAGUUCAUUGAUUUAUGUCCGCGGCAGAGCACUCAAGAGUACUCAAGUCGACACCGUCAUCAGCCUCAGGGCCGUUCAGAACGAACUAAUCCUUUGGCCUCAGAUUUGGGAGCAGGCCCCCGUCGUCGGCGAGACUGUGCUUCACGCUAAGCAUAAAGAUGAAGGUAUAUUGGAUCCUCCUGACGUGUCGCGGAGUAUUUUCUCAGAAGUCAUUGCAGUUGUUGUCUCCGAUCAUCCUAUCAAAUAUCGUCAUCCUCGGGACCCUCAUCGUCACGAUGCCUUCGUCGCGAUAUCCAAGGAUGCACCGGGUCCUGUCACUCUCCCUUCCGGAAGGGUCGAAAACUGGCGUGAUCUGGUGAAGGUGGUUGGCAACAAUCCAUCCAUUACCCUUUACAACGUCGUCUUCGCCGACCCUCUUUCUGCGCACGUCACGUUGAAUACGCGCUUUAGACUCUUCGAAAAUGUCCAGAAAACCGUGAAGUUGGCAUUUGUUGUCGAGGCAUGUACCUAUUUUCGAACUCCUCACACUGGUCUCGAGGCUUCCCUGUCAUUCAUUGGAGCUUUGCCGGACAAUUCGAACUUCUCAUUCAAACGCCCUCGCGUUCCUCUGCACCCAUCCUCCACCGACACCGAGACCACCAUUGACGUCCCAGCCGGGGUAGACGGCACCCUGACGCUGGAAGUCUUCAACCCGCAGGAGCUCAACCUUGGCAAUGAUACAUCCGUAUCUGUCGCCGUCUAUGCUGUCAUCUCUGUGCAGGGUGCAGAAGACCACGUACUUCUUGGGGCUGAACAUGUCAUAUUCGACGCCAAUACCCGUGUCAAGAAACUUCUCCGCCGUCAUGAGGCACGGGCUGUUAAGGCGUCUGCCAGAGUCAAGGCGUCUGUGUUUGCUAAGGCCUCUGCGCAGUCAAAGGAGUCGACGGAUACAUCGUCUGAUACUUAUCCUUUUUAUUUCCGGUGCUCAACCUCCGAUGGCCCAACCUUCCCGAGGGAGGGAAUUACCUGGCAUUCUCCUGAUAUUCAACCUCUGGGUACAGCUCCUGAUGGCAAUAUAUUGAGCGAUCUUGGAUCCAACAACUACACGGUUGACGUGUCCAGCCAGAAACAAAUUAACACUGUACAGGGUACAUCUAAUUACAUCUACAUACGUGGUACCACGACGACCACCGAUCACACCUCUGGUCAGAUCCGCUUGUUCGCAGUGCCGUCCUCGGUGCUCCUCCACCCGUCUCAGUACGUCAACUACAGCAUCAAUGACUACGAUGAAGAUGGGGAGCCGUACAAAGCCAUUCGCAAGUACUCGACGAGUGCUGCCGAGAAGCCCCUCAUUAUCACCAAGCCAUUCAAUCACAACAACCCCACGCCACCCUCUGGUGCAGACCACUGGUGCUACAUCUCGGAGUGCAGGCCCGAUGGGGAGGACGAGAACGGUGACGAGUACGAGUGGCCGCACGAGUAUUCGGGCGACUUCGCCACGUGUGACGAGUUUGCGACGUGGAUCCGCAACCAGCCAUACGUUAUCCAGAGGAACACGUCCUUCGUGACCAACCCCGAUGCCGACUCGCAGCAUUUCAGGACGUGCUUCACGAUACCCACCAAAUUCAGCAAGAAGGAUCAAUUCGCCUUUCAGGUCAGAGCUAUCAAUUGCCCCGUUGGCUCGGAGUUCUCCAUGGAUUCUGAUGAUGCCGACAUACAGCUAGGCAAGACGACUGUUGCCAAUUCGGACGUUUCGUCCGGUCCCAACUUUUCAGGCAAGGAGCCGGGCUAUUCCUGCCAGGUGAACAUUCACUGGUACGCGAAAGGUACGACAGUGAAGAGCGGGCAGAGGCUCGAAGGCAAUCUUGUACACAAGUCCAAGGUGACAAGCGCGGCCGCGCAGAAGUCAAAGAAAAACAAUCUUAGCACGUCAUCUAAGGCGGCGACCUUCACGGUUGGCCAUGACUAUCCGAACUUGAAAGCCUCCGAGACCAAAGGUCCGAAGAAGAUCGGUGGUGCAUUCGUGCAGCUUGCAGCAGGAGCCAUACACUCCCGCAAGGCGGCGGUCUACGAGGAGAUCUUGAUUGGUAGCGAUAUUUUGCAGUUCAAGUCGUCUUAG